GGCCUGUCAUGGCGGCGGCCAGUUUUCCAGUCUGUGUGACAGGAAAGGAUGCUAGGGUUUUUGUCGGCGCGACAAGCCGGUUUGGACGACCCUCUUCGCUUCCGGAGAGCGGAGUCCACACGGAGGGUUUUGGCCCUGGAGUUAAACAAAGACAGAGAUGUUGAAAGGAUCCAUGGCAGUGGAGUUAACACCCUUGACAUUGAACCCGUUGAAGGGAGAUAUAUGUUAUCAGGUGGUUCAGAUGGUGUGAUUGUACUUUAUGAUCUUGAGAACUCCAGCAGACAACCUUGUUACACAUGUAAAGCAGUGUGUUCCGUUGGCAGAAAUCAUCCCGAUGUUCACAAAUAUAGUGUGGAGACCGUACAGUGGUAUCCUCAUGACACUGGCAUGUUCACAUCAAGCUCAUUUGAUAAAACUCUGAAAGUUUGGGACACAAAUACAUUACAAACUGCAGAUGUAUUUAAUUUUGAAGAAACAGUUUAUAGUCAUCAUAUGUCUCCAGUCGCCACCAAGCACUGUUUGGUAGCAGUUGGUACUAGAGGGCCCAAAGUACAACUUUGUGACUUAAAGUCUGGAUCCUGUUCUCACAUUCUACAGGGUCACAGACAAGAAAUAUUGUCAGUUUCCUGGUCACCACGUUAUGAAUAUAUCUUGGCAACUGCAAGUGCUGACAGUAGAGUAAAAUUAUGGGAUGUGAGGAGAGCAUCAGGAUGUUUGAUUACUCUUGAUCAGCAUAACGGGAAAAAGUCACAAGCUGUUGAAUCAGCAAACACCGCUCAUAAUGGGAAAGUUAAUGGCUUAUGUUUUACGAGUGAUGGGCUUCACCUGCUCACUGUUGGUACAGAUGAUCGAAUGAGACUCUGGAAUAGUUCCAAUGGAGAAAACACACUAGUGAACUAUGGAAAAGUUUGUAAUGACAGUAGAAAAGGAUUGAAAUUCACUGUCUCCUGUGGCUGCAGUUCAGAAUUUGUUUUUGUACCAUAUGGUAGCACCAUUGCUGUUUAUACAAUUUACUCAGGAGAACAGAUAACUAUGCUUAAGGGACAUUAUAAAAGUGUUGACUGCUGUGUAUUUCAGUCUAAUUUCCAGGAACUUUAUAGUGGCAGCAGAGACUGCAAUAUUCUUGCUUGGGUACCAUCCUUAUAUGAAGCGGUUCCUGAGGAUGAUGAGACUACAACCAAAUCACAGUUAAAUCCAGCAUUUGAAGAUGCCUGGAGCAGCAGUGAUGAAGAUGGAUGAAUAUCAAUCCUUAGUACUUUUGUGUCUCUAUUGAUGAAGCUUUUGAAAUGGGACUUUUUUUUUUUAACUCUCCAGUGACAGCUAAAUUAGCCUUGAAUUUGGAUGAUUUUUUUCCCCAUGUUUUAAAGUGAGGUAGUAUUUGCAUGACUAUAUAGUUGACUUCUCUACAGUUGUCAAAACAUGUCUCCUUGAUCCCAGGUGCCGUGGCCUGGGCAACCCCUCUUGCCACAGCAUAAGGAGACAGGUCACAGCACCCCAUGUGGGACCUUCAGCAGAUUGUGUGAACCAUAAAUGCAGUCUCAGAGGAUGGGCAAGUGGAGGUUUCAGCACUGACUUUCUCCUAAUGGGCUGUACACGGUUCAUUUUCACUCUCAAGAAUGAUUUUACUGAAGAUGAUUACAUCAAAAAUAAUAGUUGAAAAUUUAGCCUCAGAAUGUUUUAGUUCUUAUUCAUGUAUUCAAUUUUUGUAAUGAUUUCAUUUAGUUGACCAUUGUCUAGAUAUAUGUUAAAUAUUUUUGGACUCAAACCAAAAAGGACUCAAUCCAGAAGUUUUUAACUUGAGGAAAAUCCCAUGUUUCCUUUAUUUGAAUGUGUCAUAUGGCAGCUUGUACUCAUGCUUGAACUUCCUUUCUGUGAAUCUCCUUAAGAGUCAACUAAGUCCUAUUUCAUUCAAUGAAGCAGAAAAUGUCCUGGCAGGGAAUCUGGCUUAAACAUGAAAUGUUGUCAUAAAAUUGUUAUCUUAUUGUCUAGUCUUCUUCUGUCCUAAUCUACAAGUGAUUAUCAUGAAGCUAAUCUUAUAUUCCCUUUCUUGAUUAUUAUCAGCAGGAGACUAGUAAGAGAAAUUUCUGGAGCUUGAAUACCAAGUAUACAGUUGUUGAGUUUUUUAAGUGUGUAAAUUUUAGGCCUCAUAUCAGACCUUUCAGGCCAAAUGUUUUCCAUUCAUUUACUUUAUAGUUGAUUUUCUUAAGCCCUGACCAUUUCCCUGUCACUUUUUUCCUCCUUGGUGAGGAUGCUUAUGACUUUUGAGAAUGGUAUUGAAAUUGGAAAUUGUUUUUUUUUAAUUUUAAGAAAAUGUCUCCUCCAAACUGCAAAUAACUAUAUUACUUCUUUCUAAUUAUGUAAAUACACAUGCUUAUAGUAAAUAAUUCAAGAAACAUAAAAACUUAUAAAAGAAUAUAAUGGUCACCUGGAAUGAUACCACGCUAAGAUAAUCAUUACUAACAUUUUGGUAGCCUUUCUUCCUGCGUCUCCUUAUGACACACAUAAUUUUGCAUAAUGAGAUGUUCAGCAUGCUGUUGUCACGUAAACUCCUCCCACAUCAGCACCUCCUACCCCAUCUCUUACCACCCCUGCCACAAUCCAAGUUAUUAACCAAGUGUGUGUUCUUGCACGUUACAAUCCUAUAUGGACCUAUGUAGACAUAAGUGGGGAAGUAUUUUUAUUUUGCAAAAAUGGGAUAUACAUGUUCUGUCUUGAUUUUUUUUUUCAGUAUAGCUCAUAGAAACCCCUCUGUGUCAUUUGGUAUAAGUGAGUGUAUUGAUUAUAUUAUUUUAUGUAUUCUUGAAACUCUGGCAUUUGAGGCCUUGAUCCUGGCAACACUGCCCCUCCCAGGACUAGCUCAUUCCUAGAGAUAACAAAGGACUCCCCUGGGAGCAUGCCUUUGAUAUACCAACCAACCAGUCUGCAGUCCACACCCCCAACAAUCUUCUUUGUCAAACUCUCACACACCAAGCCAGUAUUACCCCUGCCUUAAAUCACCCCAGGGCCAGGUACCAGGCAACUAAGAAGCACCCUAUAGCCCAGAGUCUACUGAAAUUAUUCAUUCUAUCCAAUCCUACUAAGUGGACCUACCCUGCUUCACCCAUUCCUUCCCACAAUAACCCCAAUAAAGGCUCUGGGCCAUCCUCUGCCCUCUCCCUCUGCCUCCUGACCCACCCUGGUCCUUCCGCCUAUGGCCCUGCAUGGCAUGGUGUGCUGUGCCUCCUGGUGCUAGGCAUCUGUGAGCAUAAACUACUUCUUUCAUGACAGUCAUUUCUAUGUCUGUGUGUCUUCACCAUACCUGAUUAGAACAAAUCCCAGGUAAAAAUCUUAACACAUUUGGCAAAGUGAGCUGUGUGGUUUCACACUAGAUGGAGAUAUGUCCUUAAUCUGCUCUUGGCUUACUAACUGGAUCCAGCAGUCGGUAGCCACUGCCUGAAAGGGCAGCCCUGGUUGUUGGCACACUUGCUGCUUGCUGACUGUUGUGCUGUUUUCUGUCAGGUAUUGCCAUGAUUUCCCAACCUAAAGGGGGCACUGACCAUAUUUCCCCACCUUGGUAGAUGCCCAGGGUCCAAGAUAGAACCCCUAGGGGUGUAUAUACAUCUCAAAAAGUUCUCUCCAAAGGGGCUGCGGAGUGACUUUCCUCCUAGGGCUAUGGGAGUCUAAUUCACUGACCAGGCAGCACUGACAAGCAGUGGGGCCAUCUGAGUCAUUCAGAUGAAAGUAGCUAAUGUCUGGGACGUUACAUGCUCCUGGAGGUACUUGUACCAUCAACCACUUAGCUUUUCCCUUCUGAGCUUUUCUGAGUCAAAUUCUGAACUGUUCUUCAGAGAGUAGGAGAUGGCUCUGCCUGAACAUGCGUGCUGAGGCCAUUUGUGGGUUCUGUUUGACGGCCGCCUCAGGAGAUCACAGUUCCCCACAAAUGUUACUGUCCAGGUCACAACCUUCUCUGCUGUUCUGCCUGCUGCUAUCUCGAGCGACUUGUUCCUCAGCCCAGUGGAGUCUAAGAGGUCCUAUCCCAGGAGACCACUAGCUCAAUGUUUAAUGAAAAAGAGGAGGACAGGAAGGGAGCAUCUGGUUCUAGUACCCCCACAAACUGUGAAGAGAUGAUGCAAUUAAUAAAAACUGGAAAACACCUAAUCCUCCAUGCACACGGGCUCUCUUAAAAAAGGUGCUGCUUAUCAGCAGGCAAAGGGUCUCACGCUCAAAACAACAAAUGUGAAAGAUAAAGCUGAUGCCACCAUUGCUGUCCUAGAUGUAGACCCUAGCCCUCUAAGGUUCAUGGGGACACCCUAGAGAUUGGGUGCUGCCACUCUCAGCAGAGGCAACUUGGGACCAUCAGGAGCUUAUCAGGUAAACAUCCAAAAGAAAAAAAAUAGGAAAAGUUUAGUUGCCUAGAAAUACAAACCAUUCGAAAAGAUUUUGUUUUAAAAAGUUGGGGUGUGAGGAAAGGACAGAUUAUUCUGUGGACUGGGGCCUUCCCAGGGAGAGGUCGCCUGGAGGCACCUGGCCCCUUCAGCCUGCCAGCUUUUCCUCUUAUCAGCCAGAAAAAGAAAGUAAAGACUGUGCCUUCAGGGGGCAAAAGCCUGAAACAGGAAGGAAAUAAAGGAAAAAAGAUUGCCAGGUUAGGUGGCUAAAUGCCCAAGGAAAAAAACUGGAACUUGAAAUCUCAGGUACUAAGCAAAUGCCAGUCUAGCAAACAUAAUACUGAUUCUAGAUUACUUACUGGUUUAAAGACAAAAAUAAAGCAGACCUUAGGUGUGGGGGAGAAAAUAAAAGGUAAUGAAAUAAUAUAUUCAUAUAUAUAUAUAACAGUUUUAUCAUUCGGUCCAAUUGGAAAUCCAUAAUUUAUAUGCUAAAUUAAUCUACUAAAGAAUUUAUAUGAAAAAGAUGAAAAGGGCAUCUUGUGGAUUCCUACAGCUGUGGUCUCAUCCACUGGGGCUCCUAUACCCAAUAUCCAGUAUUACUAAAGUUACUGAUUCUAUUCAAUCAACAAACAUUAAAUAUUUUGCUCUUG